UCUAGGCCACCAGACAAUUGCUCCAUAGCAAAACACUGCUUUCAGCAGCUGCGCAAUCCGAUCUUGUACGACUUUCAUUACGUUUUCGUUGCGCGUGCGCUAAAGAGUUGAUUUUUCGAAAGAAAAAAAACUCCCCUUCGAUGGUUUUGUCACUCUGUUCCUCGCCAAAUCCGCGUACGAAAAGACAGCGAUGUCGUACCUUCACCAAUCGAUUUCUACGAGUUUAAGGAUCAGUGCUACUCAGGGUGCUACUGAAUAUGAGCCGGAUUAAAAAUCUGGUCUCCGAAUGCGAGUGGUAAAAAAUUCCGUUUAGUCGGAAAUGGGAGUACAGACAGACAGACCGACAAACCGACAGAUGGAUUGACAUCAUCGAGAUUUUGUUUGAUUCGAAUUCUUGGUGCUUGAAAACGGUUAUUAGGUUAUUACCCGUCAAAAAGAUAAUUGUUUAUCCAGAUGCAACACCUCUCCUACUAGCAUGCGAGUGGUCAAAUAGGGAGGGAGGAUAACACAUUUUUCUAAAUAAGCUAGGGAUGCAAGUUAAGGAAUUAGACCCUUUGCUGAUCUGCGAACAACUGGCGAAUACUUACUGGUAAAAAUUCGUCCUUAACGAAUCCUUUGGAAGUCUACAACUCUACACCUCCGUAACUGACAGAAUUUCGCGAGCUUAUCCUAGAAUUUAUCCCUGGUAUCGGAGUAACAAAUCAAAAUGACUCAAAUCUUUCGUCGUAAAAGUCUUCCAACUUCAAAUAGCAAAUAGAAUAUAAUUUACCUGCACUAUUUGCCAACAAUUUGUAACGUAAAUAGAUUUUGGAUUGUGCUAUUUGUUUGUUCCAUUGUCGUUACUUCUCAGUCAACCGCAAAGUCUUAUCAAACCUCAAUGUUUGGCUAGUUAAUAUUUGCACGAUCCUACUUAUCUAUCAAUUUGUUUAUAUAAAAGUGCAAGAUUCUAUUGAUUUCAACUACGUUUGUGCUUCAGUUUCUAGAGAUACCUUCGAAUAAUACAGUAAUGGCCGAUAAGCUGUGGGGAGGUCGUUUUUCCACAUCUCCCAAUCAAGAAUUGGAAAAGCUAAAUUCCUCUAUAAACAUCGACAAGGAAUUAUACGCGGAAGAUAUCGCCGGUAGUAUAGCAUACGCAAAGUCAUUGGUCACCGUCAAUCUACUAACGGAAGAAGAACGGGAUCGAAUUUGCGACGGUCUAAAUUGCAUAAAGAAAGAGUGGGAUGAAGGGAGUUUUAUUAUUAAAAAGGACGACGAGGAUAUACACACGGCAAACGAAAGACGGCUAAAGGAAUUAAUAGGCGAACCGGCAACAAAAUUGCACGUUGGGCGUAGUCGCAAUGAUCAAGUUGCUACAGACAUGAAGCUUUGGUUGCGAUCGCGUUUAACUGAACUCAAAUCGCUUAUGCUAGAAUUAAUUAAUGUAACUUUGGAGAGAUCCGCUGAAGAGGUUGGUGUUUUGAUGCCAGGGUAUACGCACUUACAACGGGCACAGCCGGUGAGGUGGAGUCAUUGGCUUUUAAGUCACGCAUGGUCGUUGAAAAACGACGUGGACCGAUUGCAAGAGAUCAAGAAACGUGUCAACAUAAUGCCUCUUGGUAGUGGAGCUUUAGCGGGAAAUCCUUUUAAUAUAGACCGGAAGUUGCUAGCGGCAUCUUUAAAUUUUGCUGAACUUACCCAUAACAGCAUGCAAGCAGUUUCUGACAGAGAUUUUAUAGCUGAGUUUUUAUUUUGGGCUUCCUUAACCGGUGUUCACAUGAGUCGUUGGGCUGAAGAUUUAAUUAUAUUUUGUUCAAAAGAAUUUGGCUACGUUACAAUAGACGAAGCGUUUUCGACGGGAAGUAGUCUGAUGCCGCAAAAACGAAACCCAGAUUCGUUAGAGUUGAUUAGAGGAAUUGGCGGUGGUCUGUUUGGAAAGUGCUGCAGCUUAAUGAUGACAAUGAAAGGGCUUCCCUCUACCUACAACAAGGAUAUGCAAGGCGAUAAAUCAGAAAUGUUUGCUGCUUUCCAGAAGUUGCAGUCAAUUUUAAAAGUUGCGACUGGUGUAAUUAAAACGUUAAAGCUGAACGAAGAAAAGUGUCAAGGUGGUUUAAGUGUUGAAAUGUUAGCCACUGACAUUGCGUACUACCUUGUUCGUAAAGGUCUACCCUUCCGAAAAGCGCAUCACAUUGCAGGGCAAGUAGUCGCUCACGCGGAAAAAAGCAACGUUCCGCUACAAUCAUUAUCUUAUAAUGAAUUAAAGUCAAUAAGUGAGCACUUUAGCAACGACUUCUCCAAAAUCUGGAAUUAUGAGAACAGCGUCGAGCAAUACCAGGCAAUUGGUGGAACCAGUAAAAGAAGCGUUUUAAAUCAAAUUGAGGAACUGAAGAAAUGGAUGAAUGAAACACGAACAUUAUAAAAGGUUUUUGAAAUAAAGCGAUUCUGAAUUAGCAAAACAGCUAA